AAGAAAGGAAAACUCUCAGAGACUGCAGACGUACUACAUAAGUGGGUCAGAGACUACAGAAAUAUAACUGGAGAGGAUCAGAGACUGCAGCGGUACUACAUGAAAUGGUCAGGAACUGCAGACAUAGUGCAGGAGAUGCCAGAGACUGCAGACAUACUACAGGAGAGAAUCAGAGACUGCAGACAUAGUACAGGAGAUGAUGAUCAGAGACUGUGGACACAGUACAGGAGAUGACCAGAGACUGCGGACAUAGUACAGGAGAUGACCAUAGACUGCGGACAUUGUACAGGAGAUGACCAGAGACUGCGGACAUAAUACAGGAGAUGACCAUAGACUGCGGACACAGUACAGGAGAUGACCAGAGAUUGCAGAUGUAGCACAGGAGAUGACUAGAGACUGCGGACACAGUACAGGAGAUGAUCAGAGACUGCGGACACAGUACAGGAGAUGACCAGAGACUGAGGACACAGUACAGAAGAUAAUCAGAGACUGCGGACACAGUACAGGAGAUGACUA